AACAGCUGCCGUCACAGACACUCAGACAUGUUAGCAUCCUUCAAGUUCAACGUUCAUAUGGAUUUUUUUCCUCCCUGUAACAGAUAUAAAAGAUUGUUAGACGAUAUUUCACGCAGUAUUAGCACGACCUAGGCACAAGAAACUAGAACUUUCUGCAAGCAACAUGAAGACUAUUAUAGUACUGGCAACUUUGGUAGCAGCUGCGCUGGCGAUUCCAUCUGACACUUACAACCCUCAGUAUGAUAGUUUCAACGCCCAAGAGGUGGCCGAUAAUAUACGGCUGCUCAAGAACUACGGAAAAUGCUUCCUCGACCAAGGACCGUGCACUGCUGAAGGAAAUGACUUUAAAAAAGUGAUUCCCGAGGCGCUUAGAACAACAUGCGCAAAGUGCACUGAGAAACAGAAAGAGCUUAUCCGUAUCAUAAUAAAGGCAUUCCAGGAGAAGUUGCCCGAAGUGUGGGCCGAGCUCAUCCAAAAGGAAGACCCCAAAGGCAUAUAUAAGCCGGAUUUCGAUAAGUUCCUCCACGGAUCCAAUUAACUGUAUCUACCAAAGAUCAAGAAAACAGAAGAGACAUUUUCGAUAGGACCCAGUAAUUUUUAAAUAAAAUUUUCUUUUAAUACAGAAA